AUUGCAUGCAAACAUUCUCAUCCUAAACAAAAAUAAACACCACAAUAAGUCGAAGAAAAAUCAUGAGUUCCAAACUGAUCCUUCUUCUCGGCCUUUUCUUAGCUGUGGCUCUUCUGAUUUCUUCAGAAGUAGCUGCAGCAAGCAGAGAUCUAGCCGAGACUACAAAUGCCGUCGAUCCAUCUUCGGAAACCAAUGGAGAUGCACUGAAUGACGCCAAAUACGGGGGAUACGGAGGCUAUCCUGGCGGCGGCGGCGGUGGAUACGGCGGACGUGGCGGCGGAGGGUAUGGUGGUGGAGGGCACGGUGGUGGGGGAGGGUACGGAGGCGGGCGCGGGCGCGGUGGGUACUGCCGGUAUGGGUGCUGCGGGCGGAGCUACAACGGACGCGGUUGCAGGUGCUGCACUUUUGCUGGUGAAAAGGCGGAGGUUGGGACUCAGAACUAAUUAAGCAGACAGCAGUGUUAUAAAUUAAGCCUAAGAUCGAUAUAUGUAAUCUGUUGGUAAAGUUUUAUUAUGCAAAUUAAGAUGUGAUGAAUAAAAUGCAUAUGUCUACACUUUGACUACGUACGUUCAAGGUGUGGCUGUGUGUAUUACCUGUUAUAUAUGUUGUAACAGUUGCUAAAUUAAUAUGGAUUUGAUGUGUUUAUCA